AUGGCAUGUUUUUAUGAUGCUGUUGAGGAGCAUGUUGGUAAGAAAUGCCAUGAUGGGCAUGGUGAUGUUGAUGAUGGUGAAGACCAGAAUGAUUUUGUGGACAUUUUGCUUUCGAUUCAAGAGACUAACACCACAGAUUUCCAGAUUGAUAGAACAUUCGUCAAGACUUUGGUCAUGGACAUAGUUAAUGCUUGGGCAAUUUCAACUGACCCUUCAUAUUGGGACCAACCUCUAGAGUUUCAACCAGGGAGAUUCUUGAAGAGUUCAUUGGAUAUCAAAGGACAUGAUUUCGAAUUGAUCCGAUUUGGAGCUAGAAGAAGGGGUUGUCCAGGAAUAGGCUUUGCCAUGGCUUUGAAUGAGGUAGUCCUUGCAAACAUUGUGCACCAGUUUUAUUGGGCAGUGCCUGGUGGAGUGGUGGAGGGAACAGACACUGAAUAUGUUUGA